AGCAUCUUAGCUGCCGUGCGAGUUGACGACGGGCCUCACUGACAGGUCAGCAUGGCGCUGCGUGCGGCGAUGUCGCGGAUGGCCGCGCCCCUGCGCACCACUCUGACGAGGGCCCCGGUGGCACAGCUGCCGAAGCUCCCCAUGCAGCCGCGGGUGUGUCAGCUCACCACGCUCUCGCGGGUGCCAAGGGCAGAGAUGCGUGUGGCCAGCGUGCUGACGCAGCCGCGCAUGGAGAAGAAGACCUUGAUGCUGACUACCGUGGAGGUGGAUGUAGUGGUGGUGGGUGGGCAGGCGGCCCAGCCCAAGGCGGUGAGCGGGCUCCGAACCAUGUCCUCCUGGCGGCUGCGGCCCUACGCGGCGGCAGGCGCCGCCGGUGCUGUGCUGCCGCUCUCCUCCCUGAGCGCGGGCUACAGCAAGGUGGGCCUCUCCUUGCUGGUGCUGCCAUGGAAGGCGCUGCCGAUGGCGUUGGCCCUGGCUCCCACGGUCUGGGUCCUGCCCGCGGCGUACCGCAUGAUCUUUCAGAACUCCAUGAGGCACACCACGGCUUCAGUCUUCACGGUGAUCCUCUACCUGGUGCUCUCCUUCAUGCCGGUGCCCUGCUUCGAGAACUUGUUCUCCGAGCUCGCCUUCUACGGCAUCGCCCUGGUGUCCACCUUCUUCAUGUACACUUUCUUUCCUGAGGUGCUGCUGCAUGACUUCAUGUUCAUGCACUACCUGGCUCUGUUCACCAUCCCGCUGAUCCCCUUGGCCUUUGCGUACAUGCCAAUGUUCGCAGCCAGGAGCUACCUCUUCCUCUAAGCCUUUGGCUCGUGAGAGGGAACCUAUGAGCCCGCAGAGAUUGGAUACAUGCCGUCCCUGAC